AUGGGUUCGUCUUCUCAAAUGAACUCUAACACUCCGGCCACUACCGGAGUGGUGGAGAGCAAGGCUGUCAAAGUGGAGGUGGUGGAUUCCGGAGAGGAGGAAGCCGAUUCUAUGGUUGUUCCUUUUAAUGAUUCAAAAAAUUUCAGAGCUCUUUCUUCUUGUGGGGAAAGGAAGGCUCCGGAACCGGAUGGUUUUAAUUUUUAUUUCUAUAGGCGUACUUGGUCUUUUAUGAAAAAAGCGUUCCAUGUUAAGGAAUUCCAUAAUUCAAAUGUCAUCUCCAAAGAUGUUAACACUUCUUUCAUGAUUUUGGUCCCUGAAGUGGCAGCUCCUUUGCUAACUAAGAUGGUUUUAGAUAGUCAACAUGCUUUCAUGAAAGGUAUAACCAUUCUGCAUUCAUUGGGACUACUUGCUUUCUGUUAUGAGUUGUAUGAAAUUUUCAAGUUAAGUGAAUGGAUGUCUAUGGGUCUGUCCACGGCGACUACAGCAGUUUCAGUUAAUGGCAUUCUUGAUAGAUCAUUUGGGGUCUACGAUGGUUAUUCUUAUGCAGCAGAUCAUGAAUCUAUCUCACUACGAUUGACUAUUAAUUUUUAUAAAAGCUCUAUUUUGGGUAUUAAUGUUACCGAGGAUGAUCUGUUAGUAGCGGCAGAAAUGGUUGGAUGUAAGGUUGAUUUCAUUCCAAUUAUGUAUUUGGGUUUACCUCCGGCUACGUUUAAGCUUCCGUGUGGAGCCUGGGAUCAUGUGGCGGAGCAAUUUAAAUCUUAUUUGGUUUUGUGGAAGAGUAUUAUGUUUUCUCCUGCAGGUGGGAGAACGAAUAGUAACAAUAAAUAA